GUUUUGGUUAUUUAUACUCAAUGAAAGGGUUUCAGGAACUCAGCGCUGGCAGCUCGGGGCUGCCUGGUGGCAGCCCAUUUGAACAGUUCGCGCCAAUUCCGAUCCGGACAUACAAUAGAAGCCCGGCUUGCACUCUCAACUCAACACAUAGCUACCAGACUUGUGACCCCGUUCCCCCGAUCUACCUUUAUCUUCAGGAUUCAAAAUGGCUGACGAGGGCGAGGUCUCUGCUCUGGUGUGCGACAAUGGUUCGGGCAUGGUGAAGGCUGGCUUUGCUGGUGAUGAUGCCCCUCGCGCUGUGUUCCCCUCCAUCGUGGGCCGGCCCCGCCACACCGGUGUGAUGGUCGGGAUGGGCCAGAAGGACUCGUACGUUGGCGACGAGGCGCAGUCCAAGCGCGGUAUUCUGACUCUGCGCUACCCCAUUGAGCACGGUAUUGUGACCAACUGGGACGACAUGGAGAAGAUCUGGCACCACACCUUCUUCAACGAGCUGCGCGUGGCGCCCGAGGAGCACCCCGUGCUGCUGACUGAGGCCCCCCUGAACCCCAAGGCCAACCGCGAGAAGAUGACCCAGAUCAUGUUCGAGACCUUCAACGUGCCGGCCAUGUACGUGGCUAUCCAGGCCGUGCUGUCCCUGUACGCCAGCGGCCGCACCACCGGUAUCGUGCUGGACUCUGGCGACGGCGUGACGCACACGGUGCCCAUCUACGAGGGCUACGCGCUGCCGCACGCCAUCCUGCGCCUGGACCUGGCGGGCCGCGACCUCACCGAUUACCUGAUGAAGAUCCUCAUGGAGCGCGGCUACUCGUUCACCACCACGGCCGAGCGCGAAAUCGUGCGCGACAUCAAGGAGAAGCUGUGCUACGUGGCCCUGGACUUCGAGCAGGAGAUGGCCACCGCGCUGUCCAGCUCGGCGCUGGAGAAGACCUACGAGCUGCCCGACGGCCAGAUGAUCACCAUCGGCAACGAGCGUUUCCGCUGCCCCGAGGUGCUGUUUAACCCCAACAUGAUUGGCAUGGAGGCGGUGGGCAUCCACGACACCACCUUCAACUCCAUCAUGAAGUGCGAUGUGGACAUCCGCAAGGACCUCUACAACAACAUCGUGCUGUCGGGAGGCACCACCAUGUUCCCCGGCAUUGCCGACCGCAUGAGCAAGGAGAUCACGGCCCUGGCCCCCAGCGCCAUGAAGAUCAAGGUGGUGGCGCCGCCCGAGCGCAAGUACUCGGUCUGGAUCGGUGGCUCCAUCCUCGCCUCGCUGUCCACCUUCCAGCAAAUGUGGAUCGCCAAGUCCGAGUACGACGAGUCCGGCCCCUCGAUCGUGCACCGGAAGUGCUUCUAAGCGCUUUUUGCGCCAAAGCGCUUUUGAGUGCGCCAGUAGCGCUUCCAAAUGCCUUCCUGCGGGCUUCCGCCCAUCCAGGGUGGUGCGGUGUCGGCGAGGGCCGCGGUCCGGCGCGGCGGUGCUCGCGGCUGCUGCCGCGGCGUAGCCGGCGACAGCGUGCUGGGAGCGGCCCGGGCGGCUUGCGGAUUGUGUGCGCGCUCGGACCCGGUUUUGGGGGCGUGUGCAUACGUGGAUAGCUUGCAGUAGGAGGCAUAGGGUUUGGGUUUGACCGCGCGCCGGAUGCCACGGGCGAUGAUUGACGCAGGUGGCAGGCCGAGGGGUCGUGUGUGUGGCUGUGGCCACGCACACACCCCAAUUCGUUGAGUACAGCGGCGAGUUGCGGCGGCGGCAUAGCGCUGGCAUGGCGCUGGAUGACGCGCUAACGACGGAGGAUGAUGAUGCAGCGAUAGAAAAGAUAUGAGGAGCGGGUCAUGGUACAUAGCUUGCGUCUGGAUAGGCGUGCAGGUGGAUGCAGGGCUCUUCAUUCCGCGCCAAAGCGCUGGGGUUUGGGGGCGGGUUGACGCUCGAGGGAGCGCAGAUCUCCCCCACCAAAACCUGCUCGGACCAUUUCGUGUGUAGCAUUUUUACAUGAGAGGACGCAUCUGUGACUGCAGCGUUCAUGAGAGGAUGCGGGGCGGGAACAACGCAGGGAGGGUACUCAACGAGGGCACGUUCGUGGGCACGUCUUGACACCUGAGAGUCAAAGGGUCAGCCCGAUCGCGGCACGGACAAGCUCACGCACUGAAACUUGUAGCACGAAACUA